AUGGCCAAGCGCAGCUCGCUGUCCAUCCGCAUCGUGGAGGGGAAGAACCUGCCUGCCAAGGACAUUGGUGGCAGCAGUGACCCUUACUGCAUUGUGAAGGUGGACAAUGAGGCCAUCAUCAGGACAGCCACUGUGUGGAAGACCCUGUGUCCCUUCUGGGGCGAGGAGUAUCAAGUACACCUGCCACCCACCUUUCACUCUGUGGCCUUCUACGUCAUGGAUGAGGAUGCCCUCAGCCGGGAUGACGUCAUCGGGAAGGUCUGCUUGACUCGGGACAUCCUGGCCGCCCACCCUAAGGGUUUCAGUGGCUGGGCCCACCUGAUGGAGGUAGACCCAGAUGAGGAGGUACAGGGAGAGAUCCACCUGCGGCUGGAAGUGGUACCUGGGCCUGGGACCCCCCGGCUGCGCUGCUCUGUAUUGGAGGCCAGAGACCUAGCCCCGAAGGACCGGAAUGGCGCUUCUGACCCUUUCGUCCAAGUGCAUUACAAUGGCCGCACACAGGAGACAUCGAUUGUGAAGAAAUCGUGCUACCCACGCUGGAACGAGACAUUCGAGUUUGAGCUGGAGGAGAGGACCCCAGAGGCACUGUGCAUUGAGGCCUGGGACUGGGACCUGGUCAGCCGCAAUGACUUCCUGGGCAAGGUGGUGUUCAAUGUCCCAGGACUGUGGGCCGCCAAGCAGGAGGAGGGCUGGUUCCGGCUGCAGCCUGACAAAUCCAAGAGCCAGCUGGAUGAGGGCAAGCUGGGCUCCUUGCAGCUGGAGGUGUGGUUGCGGGAAGAGACGGUGCUGCCCUCCAGCUGCUACCAGCCCCUGGUGCAGCUGCUGUGCCAGGAGGUGAAGCUGGGUACCAAGAGCCCAGGGCAGCUGAUUUCACUCAUUGAUGAGACCACCAGCACGGCGUGCCGCCAGGAGGUGGCCACCAACCUGCUCAAGCUCUUCAUGGGGCAGGGACUGGCCAAGGAUUUUCUGGACCUGCUCUUCCAGCUGGAGCUGGGUCGCACCAGUGAGGCCAACACCCUGUUCCGCAGCAACUCGCUGGCCUCAAAGUCCAUGGAAUCUUUUCUGAAGGUGGCGGGGAUGCGGUACCUGCACGGCGUCCUGGGCCCCAUCAUUGACAGGGUGUUUGAGGAGAAGAAAUAUGUGGAGUUGGACCCGAGCAAAGUGGAGGUCAAGGAUGUGGGGUGCUCCGGGUUGCACCGCCCCCAGACCGAAGCUGAGGUGCUGGAGCAGAGUGCGCAGACGCUGCGCUCCCACUUGGGGGCGCUGCUGAGCGCGCUCAGCCGCUCGGUGCGCGCCUGUCCCGCGGUGGUCCGCGCCACCUUCCGCCAGCUCUUCCGGCGUGUGCGUGAGCGCUUCCCCAGCGCCCAGCACGAGAAUGUGCCCUUCAUUGCCGUCACCAGCUUCCUAUGCCUGCGCUUCUUCUCUCCCGCCAUCAUGGCACCCAAGCUCUUCCACCUGCGGGAGCGACACGCAGACGCCCGCACCAGCCGCACCCUGCUCCUGUUGGCGAAGGCGGUACAGAACGUGGGCAACAUGGACACGCCAGCUUCCAGAGCCAAGGAAGCAUGGAUGGAGCCCCUGCAGCCCACUGUGCGCCAGGGCGUGGCCCAAAUGAAGGACUUCAUCACCAAACUCGUGGACAUUGAGGAGAAAGAAGAGCUGGACCUGCAGCGGGCGUUGAAUGUACAGGCACCGCCAGUGAAGGAGGGCCCACUAUUCAUCCACAGGACCAAGGGCAAGGGCCCUCUCAUGUCCUCCUCCUUCAAGAAAUUCCACUUCUCCCUCACUACUGAGGCCCUCAGCUUCGCUAAGACGCCCAGUUCCAAGAAAAGCUCCCUCAUCAAGCUGGCCAGCAUUCGCGCAGCUGAAAAGGUGGAGGAGAAGAGCUUUGGCACCUCGAACGUCAUGCAAAUCAUCUACACGGAUGAUGUGGGCCAGCCCCAGACCACCUACCUGCAGUGUAAGUGUGUGAACGAGCUGAACCAGUGGCUGUCUGCGCUGAGGAAAGUGAGCAUAAACAACGUUGGUCUACUGGGCUCCUACCACCCUGGCAUCUUCCGUGGGGAGAGGUGGAGCUGCUGUCACCAGAAGGAUAAGACAGAUCUGGGUUGUGAUAAGACCAGGUCACGGGUGACUCUUCAGGAAUGGAAUGACCCUCUGGACCACGACCUGGAGGCCCAACUCAUCUACCAGCACCUGCUGUGUGUGGAGACCACUCUGCGGGAGAAGCACCUGGAACUGAGGGGGCCCCCAGAGGCAGACAGUGUGCCCGCAGGCCCUGACCCAGCCCCCAAGGACGGACUCAUCCAGCUGUUCCAGGUAUUGCAGGACCUCAGGAAGGCCCACAGCGCCAGCCCCACGGCCAUCCCAUCCUCGGAGCACAGGAGCCUCCCGGAGUUGCAGACGAAGCAAGAAAGAAGGGGCACAGCUCAGAGGUUCCAGUUUAUCCCGGAUAAAGCCGUUUUGGUAGGAGCGGCACCCAGCGAUCUGAGCAUGCGCCGCAGCGCCCACCUAGGACCAAACCUUAGAGCGGCCACACUGACGCAAGCGCAGAACCUCCGACCCCCCGUCCACAACCCGCGCAUCGGCGCCUGA